AGUUCUGACCCUCCGGUCCCGUUCGCAACAUGGCCAAACUAUUCAUCGGUGGCCUCGCUUGGCAUACCGACGACAGCACCCUCAGGGAGAAGUUCUCCGAGUUUGGCACCGUCGAAGAGGCUGUCGUCGUCAAAGAUCGCGACACUGGUCGGAGCCGCGGAUUCGGCUUUGUUAGGUACGCCGAAGAGCAGGAUGCCGACCGCGCCAUGCAGGAAAUGAACAAUGUCGAGUUCGAUGGGCGUACCAUUCGCGUAGAUAAGGCAUCCAACCCUGGUGCUGGUGGCGGCGGUGGCCGUGGCGGCGGCGGUGGUGGUUACCAGUCCCGCGGAGGUUACGGCGGUGGAGGUGGUUACGGUGGUGGCCGCGGUGGUGGCUAUGGCGGAGGCGGCGGCGGCUGGGGAGGAGGCUACCAACAACCUCGAGAUGGCGGCUACCAGCAGCAAGGCGGCUAUCAACAAGGUGGAGGCCAGGGCGGCUAUGGCGGUGGUCAAGAGGGUCAAGGAGGCGGCCGCUGGUAGACGUCCUCUGGACGAGCUACUCGGCUUUCUCAACCUCCUUGUUCUAUGCUUGCUUCCAGAGUAUCUGCGAUUACAUGAUUUCAUUCCCGGGGAAAAAGUGCGUUAGAGGAAUACUGCCAGCUCUUUGAACACGAUCGAGGCUAUGGUGCAUUUUUCAGAUUACUGUCUUUUUGGGCUUCUAACAGGGCUGGUACUUUCGAUCCAAUCAGCUUCUGCGAUUCCUCGCUGUCGUCAGGACAGCGGGUUGGAGACUGUGAUUUGGGUUGGUUCUUUGAUAAGACGAGAUAACUGAUACCCACAUCUGAAUCGAGCUUGUUUGACCUCUUCUAUGC